AUGAAUAGAUUCAGCAAGAUUUCACCAUUACUUUUUAAUAUUAAUAAAAGAAGUUUUUCAACAUUAAAUAAAAAUAGUUUUAAAUUACCACUCACACAAAAAAAAUGUACAUUUUCAAAUAAUAAUAAUAUCAGAUUAUAUUCCACCCAACAAAAACCACAAGAACAAGAACAAAAACAACAAAUAGAAGAAUUCAACCCAUUACCAGAAAUUGCUAAACCAACAACUGCUUUAUCAAUUGAUUUGGGUAUUUAUAAAACAGGUGAAAAAUUAACAGAUUUAAAUCCAGAGCAUUUGGUUUAUCAAUCAAAUAAAGAAUUAUUACUUAAACUUUUAAGACCAUCAUUAACAUUCCAAGCUGCUAUUUGUGUUUCAGCACCCCUUAUUGCUUACUACAAUGAACUUUCACUUAAAACUAUUGUAUUAUUAGCAUUGUUUUCAUGUUGGGGUGUUUCAUUUAAAUUUAUUGGUGAGAAAUUAGGAUCAUGUUUCGCAAUUAGAGUUUAUAGAGAACCAGGAUCAGAAUACAUUAGAUUGGUACAUGUAAAUCCAAAACUAGAUGUAUUAAAGAUUCCAAUUGCAGAUAUUCAACAAUCAAAAGUAAACGAACACAGAGCACCCUAUGUAUUAUUAGAUAAUGGUGCACUUUUCUUUUUUGAAAGUGGUGGUAUUCUUCAUAAUGAAGAGGAAUUUAAAUACAUUUUAUCUGGUGAAGAAAACAAGAAAAAACAUAGAACUAUUGAACAAGAAGAGUAUGCUAAGUUUUUUGAAGAGGGUACUAGCGAAGAUUUAGAAGAGGCUUCAAAAGUUUUAGAUUCAGAAUUAGCAAGAAUUGAAAAAGAAUUAGAGGUUGCAAAGGAAGAACAAAAACAAGAACAAGAUCAAAUAUUCUAUGAAAAUCGUUAUAACAAAAAUUUAGAAGAGACUUCAAAAGUUUUAGAUUUAGAAUUAGAAAGAAUUGAAAAAGAAUUAGAGGAUGCAAAGAAAGAACAAGAACAAGAACAAGAACAAGAAAAUAAAAAAAAAAUAAACUAA